AUGAAAGUCCAUCUGGUGUUCGUGGUUCUUUUCAUCGUCCAGUCGUCAGGUAAGCCUAUAAACGAAGUUACGAGCGCGAAAUACUAUCUAGUAUAGCCUACCUACUGCCUUGUAACUAAAAACUAAUUAAGUAAAUAUAUGGUCAUCAGAUCCACAGCUCUAGCCUUGCGCAUUGCAUUUUACUGUUCUUGGUAGCUUGUCGUAUUGUAAAUAGAUUUUCCUAAAACAACAACAACAACAACAACAACAAGUUUAUUUCAAACUAAAUAUAGCUUACAAAGCUUGUGCCGGCAAUUAGCGAAGGCUAUUCGAGGCUGGUACAAGAGAAAAAAGAAAAUUGUAUAAAUAUAUAUGUAUGUUAAACGAACAAUCCUAGAAGCAAUCUAGUUUGUCGUAAGACUUUAUUUCGGUCAUGAUACUCGUUGUCAAAACCGAGCUAGAAGCACAUUACACUCGCAGAAAACACAAUCGGAAACAGUGUGGUUAUAUUUAAAUGACUCUCGGUAUCUAUAAUCGCCUGAUGUCGUCUCCAACCAAUGAAACAUUUUAAUAGUAAACUCUAUUCGUUGCACGCCAGUGAUUUACAUGCGCGGAGCACAAUACCAAGCUGCACCGAAGCGUAAAUAUUAUAAGUUAACCUUGUUGGAGGAUUGUCGUAUAUAAUCGUCAGUUUCGUUGUUUAACGUUUUACAAACAAUAAUCGUAUCCGAAGGUUCGAUUCAUUCAUUAUCUGGCUGACUCACUCUCCGAUGAUACAUGCAAGGCUUCAACAUUAGCUUAUCUGUAUUCACUGCUUCCACGCUGAUGCCACAAAAUUUCGCUUUGCUGCUGCCUGUAUUGCGGGUAUAAAAGUUGUUAAAAUACCGGUCUAAAUUAAUCAGGGUUUGUGACCAAUUUAGUUGCAUCUGCAACUUUCUAUCAAAACAUAAGUUAAAGUAUACAUGUCAACAAGAGUGACUAGAAGGUCACAUGCCUAAAAAUAAGCCAAAAAAUUAAACUGCAUGGUUCUUGAGGGCUUUUGCAUUAACGUUACACCAACUGAGCGUAACAUGAGAACACUACCUAGCAGGUAAAGACAGUGUCACGGAAGGCAAAAUUUAAAAUUCAAAAAUAUACUACAACUUUACAUUCCUUUGUAAUUACAAGUAACUAAAUACUUGGAGCCCUACCUUUACGUCAGAAGAUGAGGUAAGCAAAGGCAAUCUAAUGAAAUUGAAAACGAGAAAGGUCAAUCCUUGUUUUUUUUUUUAGCUCUUAAUCGAGGCUUAUUUGUGCCCCUUUUCUCCGGAGAAGUUUGUACUCUAUUUUGUCAGGAGAGGGGAUACCUAGUACGUGAACAGUGCCUGGGCCCCUGAAUUCCUUGACAACACUUUAAUAUCUCUCUGUCAAGCUGGGAGUCUGCACUUGCUGCCGUCCGAUAGUUAACGCAUGGUAGAGCAUCCAGACGCUAAUGCUGGUAACAGCGCGCUAUACGAGGUCAAGGAAGCUAUAACACGAUGAUCUGCAUUGCGGGUGGUUUGUGUGCAUUUUGUAGAGGACUUUGGCUGCUGCAGUCUGUCGCCUUUGGAGUAAGCUGUUGUAAUAUCUAAACGCAGGAUUUGGGAUCAUUUCUUUAGGUCUUGUUAUUGAUGUCAUCGACAAGGCAAGACAAGAUCUGUUGGAGAACCUGUAAACCACACCAUAGUGACUUCUUGACUGUAUAAUUUGAUCCAAAAUGAGUAAAUAAUUAAAUAAGAAAGAAUAACUCAUUUCUACAAAGAAAAACUUCACCUUGUGUAUUACGAACCCUAUAAUCCUAGAUCAAAGUAAUUUUGAAAAGGUAAAAUGGCUUCAUUCAAGACAAUGUUGAAACUUAAAUUUUUUUUUAACUUUGUGUUUGAGAUGUGGCCCUCUCAUAAUUUAGAAUUAAAUGCUCGUCAAAGACCUCAAGCAUUAGAGCAUUCAACUUUGAAUUGUUUUUAAGAACAUCUAUAAAUUAGUAUAACUUAGCUUGUCAGUUAUCUUGUAUAUUUAUUUUUAUUUAAGGUCAGAUAAAAUUCGUUCAAAAAUAUGAUGGCAGAGACGUGUUCGGGAUAGUUGGUUCAUCCAUUAACUUUACUUGGAACUUUUCAAAUGGUGUGGAAACCGUAACUUGGGGACUGAAGGAUUCUGUUAGUGCCACAGUUGAUGUGAAUAAGAAAUUCAUAUCUAUUGGGCUUCAAGGACAAUUACCUUUGACACCCCCUCAAGCAUAUGUUGGACGAGUAAGU